GAGUGCCAACUUGCAUCUAUUAUGAGAGAAAAUGUGAAGACUCAUCUGCUACAUGUAGUGCUUGUGUUCACAUGAACACACAAUAAUGAGACAUUCACACAUUUGGGUUGAACACAGCACUAAUUACUUUUUAUACUUGACUUUGAUGGACAAAGAGAGAGAGAGAAAGAGUUUGAUUUUCUCAAUCAAAUGUCUUAGUUUUCUCUCUCUUCUCCUUUUUCUCUUUACCUCUAGAGAUAAAGGGAAACCCUUGUUCUUGUUGUACUUGUUCUUCUUUGUUAUAACACUCUCUUCCAACUCAUAAUUCAUUUUGCCUUGUCUUCUUAGUUUCUACUCCUUCCUUUACUUGUGCAAUCUGCAAAUCUAGUUCUUCUUCUGUUAGUUUGGUUUACUAUAACUCCAUCUACAACCUUACCAAGCCAAAGCUCAAAUAUUGUUGCAUAAAUAGGCACCAAACAACACAUUUAUGAUACACCAAUUUGAAGCUAGAUUAACAGCCCCUUUCCAAACACAAACCUAAGAGUAAACAGUACUUUGUCAGUGACCAAACUAACCAUGAUGCCUGCUCAUGGCCUCAUCAUCUCUCUCAUUCUUUUGUCCAUUUUAGCCAAUGAGGCGAGCUUGUUCCAUGAGGCAAAUGGGUCAGUUCCAAUGGUGCCUGUGAUGGAGGAUGGGAAGAUGGAGAUGAUGAUGGUGAUGAAUGAGAGCAGAAGGAAGCUUGGAAGCUUCCAGAUAUGUGCUCUGUGCACUUGCUGUGGUGGAGCAAAAGGGGUCUGCUUGCCCUCUCCAUGUUGCUAUGCCAUCAAUUGCAACAUUCCCAAUAGACCUUUCGGUUUCUGUUCAUUCACCCCCAAGACCUGUAAUUGCUUUGGAUGCCAUCUUUGAUUCCCUCUUCCUUGCUCCCUUAUUAUAAUUUUAUAAGAAUAAUUGAAAUUUAGGGUUAUCUUUAAUUAGUUCCGUUCCAAGUGUGAAUGAGAAGUGAAGAAUAUCUGUUCUUAGAUUUGUUUGUUUAUUAAUUAUCAUUAUCAUCAUUAUUAUUAUCCAGGGAUUGUUAUUUCCAGGAAUUUUUUUUUUCUUUAUGCAGUUCUUACUGGGAUUUGUUAGGGGUGCCUGGAGAUAGCACAUUGUCUGAUUGUGAGAAUAUCAAUAUAUGAUAUAGUAUAUGGAGUACAUCAGGAAUCAAGAAAGUUUGUCCCUUUAAGUGGAGAUAUUGGGGUUGAUGAUAAUUUUUAACUUUUUUGAAUGAAUAUAGUAAUGCUAGUGCUCAGUGAGGCUGUCGUUUGGCUAAGACUAAGAUGAAACUUUACAACUUAUGCUCAUUUUGUUAAGAGGACUUGUGGGUUUCUUCCUUUAAUUAUUUAAUUUGUUUAUUUUAACAAUGAGCUGUUCUACUUGUGGAUUUUUUAAUUGAAUAUUAUAUGGUGAUUUCUCCUAUGUACUAAUAUUUUGCUGCUUCCACU